AUGUCAUAACCAUUUGUGGAAGAUCCCGUUGACUUGGGUGCACGGAUAGUGAGAGGGUCUCUUCGGAGGGCGAGAGUCUUUAGGGACCGCCAAAACCCGUUUUCAUUUCCCGAUGAUUACUUGUACGAGCGUUACAGAUUCUCGUCUGAGGGGCCGGUGUACCUGUGUGAGCUCCUGGAACCAUAUGUUGCCAGUAUGACACGUCGCAGCUGUGCUCUUACAGUGCCACAGACAGUGUGUAUUGCUAUGCGGUAUUUUGCUACAGGUACUUUCUUGUAUGCUGUGUGUGACACUGAAAGCCUCAGCAAAAACACAGUAUGCAGAGCAAUACACAAAGGUGCAUGUGCUCUGACAGAGCUUCUUGAUGUCUUUGUUGUUUUCUCUGGCCACUUGCCCAUGCAGACCAUAAAAGAGGGCUUUUAUAACAGGUUAGGGUUCCCCAGAGUGCUUGGUGCAAUAGAUUGCACGCACAUUCCUAUCAGUGCAUGUCUGGGUGACAGCGAGGCAGAUUAUGUGAAUCGUAAAUCGUUCCACAGCCUCAACGUUCAGAUGACUUGUGACCACCAGUGUCUGGUGACAAGCCUUGAGGCAAAGUGGCCUGGGUCAGUUCAUGACUCCCGGAUCUUCCGGGAGUCUGCACUGUGCCAUCGGUUUGAGCAGGUGCUUUACAGUGGAGUGCUGCUAGGGGACAGGGGUUACGCCUGCCAGCCAUACCUCAUGACCCCCUAUCCUGACCCUGAUGCAGGGCCACAAACUACAUUCAACAUGGCCCUCACCAAAACCAGGGUCAGGAUAGAAAUGACAUUUGGUUUAAUUAAAGCACGCUUUGCUUGCCUGCGUGGCCUCAGAGUGGCCCCCGAUCGAGCCUGCAGGAUCAUCACGGCCUGUGUUGUUCUACACAACAUUGCAGGCAUCAGAAAGGAGAGAGCCCCUCUGGUACACGAACAACCCCCUGAUGUUGUGGACCCCAUCACCCUUGACCACCCUACUGGCAGGGCUGUGAGACAGGCCAUCACACAGCAAGUUUUUUGAUGAAGUCAUAAAACAGGCCUUUUUUCUUUGAAUUUUUAAGUCUUUAUUUUUUAUCUUCGGUUCUCCCGUUCCUGGAAAAAAGGGAAGUACAUUUGUUUAAUUGUUCCCUGGUAAAAAGGGAAAUACAUUUGUUUAAUUGUUUCCCCUGCCUGGAAA